CUCGUCCACUGCAGGAUUCUUUUUCACCAUUGACUAGUACUUGUGUAAUUGUAUAUGGGAAUAAAGGUAACAAUUUGCUUACAAGAAGAAAAGGGAAGCAAUGUAUUUCAUAGGACAGGAACCUGAUUGUUUCAUUAGAGUUUUCACCCAUUUAUGUAAUUACACAGCUGCUGCUGAAUAAUUAUGAUUGUAAGUGUUCCAUAUAUCACAAGUUUCAUUUUAACAAGUAUGCUUUAAUGACAUCGUCCUUCUCCGACAGAAACAAUAAGACAACAGAGACGGCAGCAUGUUGGCAGACCUGUUGUUGUUGGUAGGGCUGCUCUUCCUGCUGUGGAGGUUCUUCAAGAAGCCUGACGGAAUGCCGCCAGGGCGCUGGGGACUUCCUCUGAUUGGUUACAUCCCUCUGACAAGGAAGAGCAUACACGAUCAGCUGUUCGACUUACACAAGAAGUACGGCGGCAUCUAUGUAUGGAGAUUCGGGACGAAGGUAAAUGUGAUUCUCCACGACUACCAGCUGAUCAAAGACGCUUUUACCAGUCAGGACUUCGUCGACAGACCUUCAUUGAAAUUUCUUCAGUAUGGGGAAGAAACUGCCAAUGGUUUGAUAGCAACUAACGGGUCUCUGUGGCACAAUAAUCGGCGCUUCGCUCUGCGUCAACUGAGAGACCUGGGAAUGGGUAAGUUCAAGCUGGUGGCGGCGAUGCAGCGGCAGGGCACACAGCUGGUGCAGCAGCUCAAGAAACAAGCAGGAAGACCAGCACCGUUGCCUCACGCCCUUCAUGUCGCUGUUCUUAACGUCAUCUGGCAGAUGGUCGGCGGUGAGUAAUCGCUGGAUAUGUUC